AUGGGUCGCAAAGGCAAGAAGUAUGUGAAACAGUUCAAUGUGGGCGACUUUGUGUUCGCCAAGGUGCGUGGUUUUCGCGCCUGGCCAGCACGCAUCCUACGGAAGGAAGUGAGGAAAAUGUAUCAUGUUUACUUCUACGGCACCUGCAACAUUGCCAAAGUUGGAAUACCCCAGCUCUUUGAGUACGAGAAGAAUAAAGUGCGCUUAGGCGAUGUGCAGAAAAGAGCAAACAGUUCAUUUAGGAGCGCCAUGGAUCAUGUACAGAAGUCCGUGAGCAAUCCUGGCCAAGACCAAGGCUACUUUCAGGCCAAGGCCGAAUUGACUAGUGAAGAUCAGGAGCUGGAAAGCGAUACAAAAUCGUCUACUGAUUCAUCAACAUCAUCGUCACUUGAACUGGAUGGUAAAAAACUUACAAAGUUCAAUUUGCCUUUUAUACACAUAACCGGGGAUUCGGAUUAA